CCCGCCCGGGCCCGCUCGACCCUCUCGGGCCUCGGCUGCUCAGGCUGCGGGGGAAGAUGGCUGCUGCGGGCAAGUGCUCCGACGCCGAGCUGCAGGCCGCCCUGGCCGACGUGCCCGACCUGGCCCGACUCCUGGACAUCGACCCGUACCUGAAGCCCUACGCCAAGGACUUCCAGCGCAGGUAUAAGAAGUUUAGCCAAAUUUUGAACAACAUUGGAGAGAAUGAAGGCGGUAUAGAUAAGUUCUCCAGAGGCUACGAAUCAUUUGGCAUCCAUAGAUGUGCUGAUGGUGGCUUAUACUGCAGAGAAUGGGCCCCAGGAGCAGAAGGAGUUUUUCUUACAGGAGACUUCAGUGGUUGGAAUCCAUUUUCUCAUCCAUACAAAAAAUUGGAUUAUGGAAAAUGGGAGCUGUAUAUCCCACCCAAUCAGAACAAAUCUCCAGUGAUACCUCAUGGGUCCAAGAUAAAGGUAGUGAUUACUAGUAAAAGUGGAGAAAUCUUGUAUCGUAUUUCACCAUGGGCAAAGUAUGUGGUUCGUGAAGGUGGCAAUGUGAAUUAUGACUGGAUACACUGGGAUCCAGAAGACACAUAUAAAUUUAAGCAUUCCAGACCUAAGAGGCCAAGAAGUCUGAGAAUUUAUGAAUCUCAUGUGGGAAUUUCUUCUCAUGAAGGAAAAAUAGCUUCUUAUAAACAUUUUACAAGCAAUGUGCUACCACGAAUCAAAGACCUUGGAUACAACUGCAUUCAGUUAAUGGCAAUCAUGGAACAUGCUUAUUAUGCAAGUUUUGGGUACCAAAUCACAAGCUUUUUUGCAGCUUCAAGUCGCUUUGGAACACCAGAAGAAUUAAAAGAACUUGUUGAUACAGCUCAUUCGAUGGGCAUGAUGGUCCUCCUAGAUGUGGUACACAGCCAUGCUUCCAAAAAUUCAGAUGAUGGGUUGAAUAUGUUUGAUGGAACUGAUUCCUGUUAUUUUCAUUCUGGACCCAGAGGGACUCAUGAACUUUGGGAUAGCAGAUUGUUUAUCUACUCAAGCUGGGAAGUUUUGAGAUUCCUCUUAUCAAACAUAAGAUGGUGGUUGGAAGAAUACUGCUUUGAUGGAUUUCGUUUUGAUGGGGUCACCUCCAUGCUAUACCAUCACCAUGGAAUGGGUCAAUGCUUUUCAGGUGAUUACAGUGAAUAUUUUGGUCUACAAGUAGAUGAAGAUGCAUUAAUUUAUCUCAUGUUGGCAAAUCAUUUGGUUCACACAUUGUAUCCAGAUUCCAUAACAAUAGCUGAGGAUGUUUCUGGAAUGCCAGCUCUUUGUUCUCCUAUUUCCCAGGGUGGAGGUGGUUUUGACUACCGGUUGGCAAUGGCUAUCCCUGAUAAGUGGAUACAACUACUUAAAGAAUUUAAAGAUGAAGACUGGAACAUGGGCAACAUAGUAUACACUCUUACAAACCGGCGCCACCUAGAAAAGUGCGUUGCUUAUGCAGAGAGCCAUGAUCAGGCUCUGGUUGGUGAUAAGACCCUGGCCUUUUGGUUGAUGGAUGCUGAGAUGUACACAAAUAUGAGUGUUCUGGCUCCCUUUACUCCAGUUAUAGAUCGCGGAAUACAGCUUCACAAAAUGAUUCGGCUUAUCACUCAUGCCCUGGGUGGAGAAGGCUAUCUUAAUUUCAUGGGUAAUGAAUUUGGGCAUCCUGAAUGGUUAGACUUCCCAAGGAAAGGAAAUAACGAGAGUUACCACUAUGCCAGAAGGCAGUUUCACUUAGCUGAUGAUGACCUCCUUCGCUAUAAGUUCCUCAAUAACUUUGACAAAGAUAUGAAUAGACUGGAAGAAAGAUGUGGUUGGCUUUCAGCUCCACAGGCCUAUGUGAGUGAACAACAUGAAGGCAACAAGGUCAUCGCUUUUGAGAGAGCAGGCCUCCUUUUUAUUUUCAACUUCCACCCAAGCAAGAGCUACAGUGAUUAUCGAGUUGGAACGGCCUUGCCUGGGAAAUUCAAAAUUGUACUAGAUUCAGAUGCGCUGGAAUAUGGAGGGCACCAGAGACUGGACCACAAUACUGAUUUCUUUUCUGAGGCUUUUGAACAUAAUGGACGUCCCUACUCUGUUUUGGUGUACAUUCCAAGCCGAGUGGCCCUCAUUCUGCAGAAUGUGGAUCUGCCCAACUGAAGAAACCCAAUUCCAGCCCACCUCCAGGGCAUAUGUUUGGGUUUGCUGGUUUUUAAUGUCACAGAGUGAAUAUGUGUCAUGCUGCAAAACAGCUAUUUAGCCAAAACGACAGGCUGAAGUUCAGUAUUAGCACAUGCAAAUAUAUCAAACUUUGCUUCAAGAAUUGGAGAGGAAAUUUUAGCAAUCCCUAUUCAUAAGCCACCUGAACAGCUAGGCUUCUCUCUUUAGAGAAUAUUACUUUCACAGCACUUUAUUUGAUCUUUCAAUUUUCAAUUUGAAUUAUUCAUCAUGUAUGUUUAUCCUGUUGAAUAUAUACAGUAUUUUGUGAGAUGAAUAUUUGGUGGCCUUAUUUGUUCUAAUAAAUAGUGGUCUAAAUUGUGAGGUACCAAGUUCAUUUUGUUUUAUGCAAAUUGUGUUUUAAAAUACUGUAAUAAAUAUGAAGCAAUAAUAUAAAAUUACAAAUUAGAUAAAAGGUAAUAUAAGAGCCAUUAUCUAUGAACUCUCCCGUGCCUCAUUUUGCAGUAAGUUUAUCUUGUAAUCUGCUGUUCACAAACUAUUUUAAUAGAUGCUUAUCUCUCUGUCUUUUUAAAGAUGUGAUAUGGUAAUUGUAGCAUUUCAGAAAAUGUCUUUCAUUUCAAUCAAUAAAAAUUACAUAAUUGCA